AUGCGUCUUGCCCCGCAGCCAAGCGCGCAACCCCUGCGGCUCCUAGUCCCUCUCCUGCUGGCCACGGGGGUCAUCGCCUCCCCGGUCAUCUCGGCCGGCUGCCCGGACAGGUGCGUCUGCGACGACCAGCUGGUGGUCCAGUGCGCCGGGCAGCACCUGAGCGCGUUCCCCGCGGACCUGCCGCUGGCCACGCGGCAGCUCAUCCUCUCCAACAACCUCAUCGCGGAGCUGCCGCCCCUCGGGCUCAACUACCUCUCCGACCUGGUGUACCUGGACUGCAGCAACAACUCCCUGACGGAGAUAUCCGAGUCCACGUUCGGGAACCUGCGCAAGCUGGCCUACCUGGACCUCUCCUUCAACACCUUGGCGCGGAUCGAGGGCAGGACGUUCGGCCCCUUGGCCAGCCUGGUGAUGCUGAGGAUGACGGACAACCCGGGGCUCUCGGAGAUCCACCCGGACGCCUUCGCGGAGAACGAGGCCCUCCAGGUGCUGGACGUGAGCCGGAACAACCUGACGGUCCUCAACGUCACCUCCCUGAUCGCGCUGCCCGCGCUGCGCUCCGUGGGGCUCAGCGGGAACCCGUGGCUCUGCGAGUGCGAGAACGAGGACCUCUGCCUGUGGGUUCACCUGGAGGGCUUCAAGUUCCAAGAUGAGGGGCAGACGGUGUGCGGCUCGCCCCUGGACAUGCAGGGCCGCCGUCUGGGCGAGAUGGGCGUCCAGCUACGGACGUUGUGCCACCAGACUCUGGGCUCCUGGGACUACCUCUUCUUCGUCGCCAUCGGCUUCGUCAUCUUCGCCGCCGGCACCGUGUCGGCCUGGCUGAUGGGCGUCGUCAUGGUUCUCUACGAGCGCUACAUCAAGAAGAAGGACGAGCAGCUGGACGUGGAGGACGAGGAGGACGGCAACGAGCCGGGUCCCCAGGCGAGAGCCGACAGGAGUUUAAAAGGCACAAUCACUGUUUAA